GGAGACAAUCUUUAUGUUAUCAUUUUUUCAUUCGUUCAUUGGAAAGACUUCAACUAUCUUCGAGAAGCAUGCAUACAUGUUUACGUGUCUCAAAGUCUAACAUGUUUCUUAUAUAUUAAUUUUUCUAACAAUAGUGUUAUCAUGGAUUAUAGGUUUUUUCCAACAAAAAAGAAUAAAAGGAUGAUGCAAAUCGUUAAUGAAUUAAGAACACUUAUAGUAGGAAUUAUCAAUAAAAGAAUGAGAAUGAUUGAGGUUGGAGAAACACAUAAUGAUUUAUUGGGUAUAUUAUUGGCAUCCAAUUUACAAGAAAUUCAACAACAUGGACAUAAAAAAUUUAGUGUGAGCAUUGAUGAGGUGAUUGAAGAGUGUAAACUAUUCUAUUUUGCUGGGCAAGAGACUACUUCAACUUUACUUGUAUGGACAAUGAUUUUAUUGCGUAAAUAUCCUAUUUGGCAAGAAAGAGCUAGAGAAGAAUUUCUACAAGUGUGUGUAAGUGAUGAACUUGAUUUUGACAAGUUGAAUCAACUAAAAGUAGUGACUAUGAUCUUUAAUGAGGUCUUAAGGUUAUACCCAUCAGCAUAUGUGAUUAAUCGAAUGGUUAACACAGAAACAAAGUUAUGGAAUUUGUGCUUACCUUCUGGGGUGCAACUCCUAUUACCAACAAUUUUGUUACAUCAUGAUACUGAAACCUGGGGAGAUGAUGCAAUGGAGUUCAAGCCAGAGAGAUUUAGUGAUGGAAUAUCAAAAGCAACAAAAGGACAAGUUGUGUUUUUUCCAUUUAAUUGAGGUCCAAGAAUAUGU